AUGCCCUCGCUUCCAAACAUCUCCUUUCCCAAUCCAACUACCGGAUCUUAUGAAGAACUUGGACUGGAGAAGACCUGGACAUCAUUUGAGCAGCGAUACGGACCUUUUGGGUACGGCGAACAAGAAGACUCGUAUAAAUUCUCGCGUGUUGACUGGCAGUCGAUUGACUGGGGAAAGCUCCAGAYAGAUUGUUUGCAAGAAAACCAGCACCAAUUCCGCGCUUCCAACGGGAAUGGUGGUCUUCAUGCUGCCCAGAGGUUUCGACUUAGUGGGCAUGGUCCCGAGCCCACCACUGUCACUUCCAGGACUGGACGUAAAGCCAUCGUCUUGAGAGCUUGGAGUACAUAUGAGUACAAAGAUGAGGAUUUAUGGAACAUUCGAUCCAUCAUCACAGAAGCCAGCUUGGCGACUGGAAGCAAAUACUCUGUCAUCCUGCUCGUUGAUGUCAAGUGUGAAGAUUGCGGAUCCAUUCACACCAACGAGACUGAGUAUCAACGGGUAUUGGAACAGUCAGUUCCGAAGGAAUUUCGCAACCUCGCAGUGCUAUUCCACGAGAGUCUACUGGAAAGCUGGUACGAGAAGGUGGGAGAGCACAAACCAUUCUGGCAAAUCAUGCAGCCUUUGCAAUUACUCGCCCACUUCUUUCCCGAGUUCGACCACUUCUGGCAGUUUGAAAUGGACGCUCGCUUUACCGGCCACGCGGGCGAUAUGCUGGAGGCUUUCAACAAUUUUGCGAAGAACCAGCCAUACAAGCAAGCGCUUGAAAGAGGAUCUUGGGAGUACAUCCCAGGCGUUCAUCAAAGCUACGAGCACUUUUCCAAGAAAGUUGACGAGGCCAUGAAAGGAGGUACCUCGGUCUGGGGCCCGGUCAAUGUCAAAAACAUUCCGCCAAUAGAGCCGCAGCCGCCUGUCAAAGACUCUCAUGAUGACAAUUUUGAAUGGAGAGUUGGACACGAGGCUGAUCUUGUGCUCUUGGGUCAAGUGAGCGAUGUUAGGAAAUUUCAAACACAAGACGAUUGGGUGUUUCGGGACUGGCAUCUCGGUGAUUUUGGCCAGGACUUUGCGAAGCUUCCUCGUUACAUGUCGGUGCCUGCUCAAGCGAGAGCCUCGUGGGAGCUACUUGAGGGCAUACAUCGUGCUCAGCAUGAUCAUGGCCUGGCUGUAGCAAGCGAGGCGACUUUGCCUUCAUUUGCUGUUUGGAUGGGUCUGAAGAUUGUGGCAUUACCUAUACCCAAGUACCAGUUUCCACCUCGCGAUUUAUUGGAGCUGAAUUAUGUUAAGAAUGGCAACGGAUUCGGGAACGGCAUAGCGAAUGGACCGGCCAUUUCUCGAGGGAGCUCCCUGGCUUUCUUCGUUCGGCCGAUGACGUGGGACUGGUGGAGCUCGCUAUGCGAUCCUACCUUUWUCCGCUGGAUGGGCAUGCAGCCCAAGAAAGACGAUGGAGACCCGCAUAGGGAUCCCGUAUACGUGCUGGUCCCGGAUGAGCUGCCCAACUUCAUGGCCGAGGUGAAUGGCACAGUUUACAUGCCUGGCGUAAUUAUGCAUCCAAGGAAGAGUAACAAUUAUAGAUCGGCCGAAUGA